GGCAGCUAGAUGAUGACUCGUGGGUCCCGGUGGCACGUGAAUUCCAGGGGCUGAUCCCUAUUUCAGCUGCAUGGUGUCGGUACGAGCUGAAGCUGCGGGAGCGGCUGCCAGAGCAGAAGCGCCGCAAGUUCCGGCGGAGAUUCGAGAAAGGGACAUCUAAAAUAUUGAAGGAUUCUACUUUAAUACUUAAGGAUUGCCCUCUGGGGUGUUUAGCUGUAAGGAAUAAUGGCUGGUUACAAGCCUGUUGUUAUUCAAACAUUUCCCAAACUUGGUGAGAAAAUAACUCAAGACACAUUGUAUUGGAAAAAUUACAAGACUCCUGUUCAGAUAAAGGAGUUUGGUGCAAUAACAAAAAUAGACUUCUCUCCAGAGCCUCCUUAUAAUUAUGCUGUUACAGCUUCUUCAAGGAUUCAUGUUUAUGGCCGAUACUCCCAAGAACCAAUAAAAACCUUUUCCCGCUUCAAGGACACCGCAUACUGUGCUACCUAUCGACAAGAUGGCCGGCUACUUGUUGCUGGCAGUGAAGAUGGUGCUGUCCAACUCUUUGAUGUGACUGGAAGGGCACCACUUAGGCAGUUUGAUGGCCAUUCAAAAGCUGUUCAUAUGGUAGAUUUUACAGCUGAUAAGUACCGCAUACUCUCCGGAGCAGAUGAUUAUACAACUAAGCUAUGGGACAUCCCAAAUUCUACUGAAAUUUUGUCUUUUAGUGAGCACACAGAUUAUGUGAGAUGUGGUUGUGCCAGCAAACUUAAUGCAGAUCUCCUUGUAACAGGUUCAUAUGACCAUACUGUAAAAAUGUUUGAUGCUCGAGUGAAGAAAAGUGUGCUGACUGUGGAGCAUGGACAGCCUGUGGAGAGUGUUCUGCUCUUUCCAUCUGGAGGCCUUCUAGUGUCUGCAGGAGGUCGCUAUGUUAAGGUCUGGGACAUUCUAAAAGGAGGACAAUUGCUAGUAUCACUGAGAAAUCAUCACAAAACUGUCACAUGCUUAUGUCUAAGCAGCUCUGGACAAAGACUACUCUCUGGGUCACUAGACAGGAAGGUGAAAGUAUACAGUACAACUUCCUACAAGGUAGUGCACAGUUUUGAUUAUGCUGCAUCGAUUUUAAGCCUGGCGUUGUCUCGUGAAGAUGAAACUAUAGUUGUAGGAAUGACCAAUGGAGUGCUAAGUGUUAAACAUCGGAAACCUGAAGCAAAGAAGGAUCCUUUUCCAAGAAGACGAAGACCUGCAUAUAGAACCUUUGUUAGGGGGAAAAAUUACAUGAAAAAACAGGAUGAUGUUUUGGUCAGUAGGCCAUUAAAGACAUACUUACAGACAUAUGACAGAGAUUUGAAAAGCUUUCAGGUUUCCAAGGCUCUUGAUCGAGUACUUCAGCCCAGGUUUAGAGUCAAACAACCAGAAGUUACAGUUGCUGUCAUUCAGGAGUUAAAUCGAAGAGGAACUCUCUCAAAUGCCCUUGCAGGGAGAGAUGAGAAACAACUUAGCAUUAUCCUUAGUUUCUUGAUAAGACACCUGGCUGAGCCAAGAUUUGCCCCUGUUUUAAUUAAUGUUGCUGAGAUGGUUAUUGAUAUAUACCUACCUGUGAUUGGACAGUCACCAGUAAUUGAUAAACAAUUUUUGGUGCUUCAAGAGCUUGUAGAAAAAGAGAUUAGUUACCAAGGACAACUAUUAGAAGCUUUGGGGAUGAUGGACAUGCUUUUUGCUACCAUGAUAAGAAAAGAAAGCACUUCUGUUUUCGACAAAUCCAAUGGUGUUUCCAGGGAACAGGAACAAGAUUCAAGCAGUAUGUCUGUUUGAUGCAUUGGUUGGUGAAUGAAAGCAAACUUAUAAAGUGAACUUUAGCCUAUUCAGUAUUGGAAAGGGAACUGUCUGGUGAGUGACUCCCUGUGGAUAACUUCAUACGAGAAGUUCAUCGAAACGUAUUUUUUUCAAGAGACUGAAAUAGCGAUGUUUGGAAAAGAAAUAUCUCCUUACAAUGUGUUUUUUGAUGAAACGAUUUUGUUUCUAUAUUUUGAAUAAUUUUAUAAAAUCUUCAGAUUGGAGGAUGGUUUUGCUUGUCUGACUCUUACUAUGCUGGGCACAGUCCACUUUCAGUUUUCUUAGAUGACCUGGUACUUUGAUGCAUCAAAUAUUCUACAUCAGAAUCUGGGUGGGGGAGAAGCCUUCAGAGGAUUUUGUAUUCGGAAGGAGGAUCCCCCUGGAUAAUGCCUCCACUCUGAGUCACCUUUCCUAAGACACCUGGAAUUUUGAUAUUUCGUACCCAGAAAAACAGAUUUGCUAGAGAAGGUACUUGGCAUUCUCAGUCCCCUACCAAACUAGCUAUCCUUUGUUAGUUUAGGGUGGAAUCGUAGCUUUCCUGGGACAUUGGGUUCUAUACCAGUCUUGCCUGAGCAUGGAGAAAGUAGUUUGCUCUUUGUUGACCCACUUGUCUUUUGACCCUCUUGGUCAUAGAUCUUAUUUCGAAGCUCCUUAGUUAUUUUUGCCUGUGAAUCCUUUUUCCUAAGUGUUGUGAAACUCUAAAUGUGUGUUCCUUGUUUUUAUGAAGGUUAUAUUCUUCCAAAACUUCAUGUUAACUCUGACAAGUAGAAUCUUGGUUUUCUACUUUUUGAGACACUUUUAAUUUAUUAUAAAUGUCUGCCUCACCAGACCCUUAACCUCAAAUAGUUAUUUCACUUCAAGUAUAUAUUCUAAUAUAUAUACAUACAUACACACACACACACACACACACACACACAUAUGUCAUCUUAUUGAUUUUGGAGUUCACUACAAAGAUGUAGCUCAACACUAAUAUAAGUCCAUCCAUCCUGUGCCACUUGUUCAUGAAACUACAUAAGUUCAUGGGAGAUUUUUUUUCCCCUCCCAUCACCCGUAAUGUGCUAGAGACCUUUUUUUUUUUUCAUAAACCCUUACUUUCCAUCUUAGAAGCAAUACUAAGUCUUGAUUCCAAUGCAGAAGAGCAGUAAAAGCUAGGCAGUGAAGGUUAAGUGACUUGUCUAGAGUCACAUGGGAGUAUCGGGUCAGGUUUGAAACCAGUACCUCUGGUCUUUAGGCCUGGCUUUCAAUCUACUGAGCCACCUCACUGCCUCUGCUGGAGUCUUUGCUUGCUUCUAACAUCUCAAGGGUGCCAGUGAAGAGUGUUCUAGCUGUUCAUCUGUCAUCCCUUGCCCUUGUUGUAUGACCAGUCCAUCUUAUCAUAUGAUUCUUUAAUUUUAUCUUUUAUUCUGUUCUUUUUUUAGCAAUGUAGUGCAGCCUACUCAAAUCUAGUAUGCAUCUUUCUGCUGCCCUUCAUGGGAUAUUCCUUUUUAAUUCUUUGGAGACUUGAAUUCCGUAUCUUGGCUGCCAUAUAGUAAUAACAGUAUAAUGUUAGUAUUAAAAACAAAGAGUCUGAGAUCAAUGAAAGAGGAAAACCGUAUAAUACACAAAUACUUAUAGGAGUUCUUUUCAUAGAAGCCCCAAAUUGAAAACUAAGGGGCUAUCCUAUUGGGGAAUAACUAAACCCUGGACUGAAGUAUAAGAAUGACAAAAUGGAAAGUUUCAGAGGAAACUGGGAAAGAUGAUCUAAGAACUCUGAUGCAAAGUAAAGUAAGUAGAACUGGGAGAAAAAUGUAUAUGAUGACAAUAACAGAAAAACAACUUUAAAAGAUCUAAAAAAAAAUUCAAUGACAAAUCAAAUCUAGAAGACUGAAACUGAUCUGUUAACACCUGCUAAAGAGGUAACUAACUUAUAAUGCAGAAAGAAGUGUACUUUUUGGAACAUGGCCAGUGUGGGAAUUUGUUUUGCUAAAUUAUGCAUAUGUAUAAUGAGUUUCUUUUUGCUUAAUUAUGGGGAUUGGGACAGUGGGAGGAAUAGAUUAUAAUUAUUUUUUAAAUAGGAAAACAAAACAAUGGGCCUUUGAUUUCGUGGGAAUCUUAGGCUCAUUAAAGAAAUCACUUAAAUUUCCCAAAGGUAAUUUAGCCCCCCUUUUUCUUUUUGUUUAACUCUAGACCCAAUUCAUUAGCCAUCUGUCUCACAUUGUUUACUUGAGUAUAUCCGAAUCCAUAUUGAAAUUUAGUGAAUACACAUUCUUCAUCCACUUGGGCCUUCCUAUGUAGAUGAUCAGACCCACUCCUUUUGAGUGAUGACUGAUCUCUCCCAGGAAGCUCAGUAAUGUGGGAACUGAUAUAAUCAGUGUCACUGGAAAAUAGCAUCUAGGGGAACUCACUAUCCAAAGGGGAUCUGUCUCCAAUUUGAAUUCUGCGUGAGAUUUCUUCUAUCAUAAUUGCAAAUAACUUUAGCAAGCAUUCAUCUUGUUUCAACAGAUUUCUUUAUAUCAGAGAAAUAACAGGGUUAUUACUGUUAAAUUUUUCAAAGAACCUCAGAUCUUUUUGGUAUAUAAAAGGGAGCCAUUUUGUUGAGAAAGUCUUUUUUUCUCUCCCAAAUCAAAUGUUUUUCCAUAGUAGUAAGUGUGGUGGAUAUUUAAUUCCCCACACCAGUCAAUUGUGAAAUGGUAAAAGACGCAAUCAGUUUUCUCUUGUAAAAAAUUGUUCCCACUAAUACCUUCAUUGAGAAUGCCCUCAACUAGUGUAUAUAACUCAUCAAGAUUUUGUAUAGAGGUUGGUAGUUAUUAAUCUGUUGGUCACCUUUUUUUCCUUCUGUACUAAGAAAGUCAGGUUUGGUUUCAGACCUUUAGCAUCUUCCCUUAAGAAACUUGAUUCUGUCAAUGCCCUCUCAAUUGUAUCCUCUACAAUUUUUAGUGAGCAAGUAGAUGGCACAGUGAAUAGAAUUCCAGGCCUGGACUCAGGAAAACUCAUCUUCCUAAGUUCAAAUCCAGCCUCAGACACUUUAGCUGUGUGACCCUGGGUAAAUCACUUAAUCCUAAGCAAAAAUAAGUUUACUUAUUUAAAUCAUUCAAGAUAGAAUUGUUUUCAAUUAUGCCAAGUAUUUUUUCUUCCAUUCUUCUUUUUAUUAAUUCUAUUGCUCUGACAAUUUAGACCAUACAGAGACAGUGAACUCAAGGAUUACCCUCAUAUUAAUAACAUCUGUCUGUUCUUUAUGUUAUUUGUUGCUUGUUGUAUUUAACAUAUGUGUAUGUUCUAUUUUCUUUUCUGAAAUGUCAAUGACUAGUGAUCUGAGAAAUGAACAUUUUAUAGCCUUGGUGGUUAUUUUGAGUUCAAGUCUUUGUGAAUUCAAGAGUUGGGCAUCAUGUUGCCUGAGGGAGAUUUCUUUAGACUGCUUCUCAGAAGAGAGUUCAUAUUAAAGCGAUUGGACUGUCAUCUCCUUGAAGUCUCGGAGAUCUGUACUGAGAAAUAACUGCCAUUCCUUUGCUUGAACAAAAGUGAAAAUAGAUGCGUGAGGCUUCUGUAUUUUACUUCUCUCCUUGAUCCGUAUUUUCCCAGACCAAGCCACCUUAAUUUAGUAGACCUUUGAUUCAGGAAAACUUGGAGGCAGGUUUCAAGACAAAACUUUGACAAAUAGGUGUGUGACUAUAGGCAAGUCAUCAGGUAAGUUCUUAGUGGUCAGGACAGUUCUCUAGGGCUAAGUUACAGUUGAUGUUCAGUGGAUAGAUUUUCUUCCAGUGAGAAUUCACUAUCCCAGUGGAGUGAAUUCUCUUUCUUCCUCCCCAAAAUAUAUAUAUCAAAUAUUAAACUAUUUGUUCAAGUAUAAGCCUCCCUUAUGGGAUAUUAGGAUGUGAAGCCAAAACCUUUCUUAAGAGAUCUCGUCCAAUUCCUUCAUUUUAUACAGGAAGAAUCGGAAGGACAGAAAUGGUUACACAGUCACACGGCCAGAAUAAAAUCCAUCUCUUUGGAUUCCAUAUCCAGACUUCUUUCUACUUUAUCCCUCUCAAAUUUCACAUAAAAUCUGAGGGUGGUCUAUAAUCAGUGUCAUUUUUUAGUAGUUUUCUCUGUUUUUCUUUCAGAGAUCUUGUUUUCAAUUUAGACUGAUCUGGUCUUUAAAGGAAGCCUAUGGCCAUUGUGCAUGUAUUUCUGGUUGAUCCGUUUUGCAGAUUCACAAUUUGUAAAUCUCUGAAAGUGGUAUAUAUAUUUCAGUAAAGGUCUUUUAUGUCAUUA